GGCAGGGUGCUCAGCAGCCCAACCUACGGCCUGGACACGAUGCAUCCUAGCAGGCGCAGCCUUCCUUUCCCCCUGAACUGUCAGCUUGUUAGAGUCGGGACUGCUGAUUAUGGAGGUGCCUCGGAGCAGAGCGAUCAGCAGCUGGACUGCGCCUUGGACCUGAUGAGGCGCCUGCCUCCACAGCAGAUUGAGAAAAACCUCAGCGAUCUGAUCGACCUGGUCCCCAGUCUGUGUGAAGAUCUCCUGUCAUCUGUUGACCAGCCCCUGAAAAUUGCCAGAGACAAGGUGGUGGGCAAGGAUUACCUUUUGUGUGACUACAACAGAGACGGGGACUCCUAUAGGUCACCGUGGAGUAACAAGUAUGACCCUCCUUUGGAAGAUGGGGCCAUGCCAUCUGCUCGGCUCAGAAAGCUGGAGGUAGAGGCCAACAAUGCCUUCGACCAAUACCGAGACCUGUAUUUUGAAGGUGGGGUCUCAUCAGUCUACCUCUGGGAUCUUGAUCAUGGCUUUGCUGGAGUGAUCCUCAUAAAGAAGGCUGGAGAUGGAUCCAAGAAGAUCAAAGGCUGCUGGGAUUCCAUCCACGUGGUGGAAGUGCAGGAGAAGUCCAGUGGCCGUACUGCCCAUUACAAGUUGACCUCCACGGUGAUGCUAUGGCUGCAGACCAACAAAUCCGGCUCGGGCACCAUGAACCUGGGAGGCAGCCUAACCAGACAGAUGGAGAAAGACGAAACUGUGAGUGACUGUUCCCCACACAUAGCCAACAUCGGGCGCCUGGUGGAGGACAUGGAAAACAAAAUCCGAAGCACGCUGAAUGAGAUCUACUUUGGAAAAACAAAGGACAUCGUCAACGGGCUGAGAUCUCUUGAUGCUCUCCCCGACAACCACAAGUUUAAGCAGUUGCAGAGGGAACUUUCUCAAGUGCUGACCCAGCGCCAGGUCUACAUCCAGCCUGAUAAUUGAGCCGACCCAGGUCUGUGCAGACGUUUGCAGACAAAUCAAAGCAAGAAGCGCUUAAGAACGACCUGGUGGAGGCCUUGAAGAGAAAGCAGCAGUGUUGAAGACCUCUGCUUCACGCUAACCGGACACGCCAUGCACUCGUUAGGUUCCUUUCUUUAGAACACUCGUUUUCUGCUCCUUUUCCCUCUCCUUUCCCGCCCUGACAGGUCACAUAACAGUUUGCAUCGACCACGCAGCGCCAUCUCCCCCAAAAUAAAGUCCGAUAACCACCCUCCUCUGGCUCCAAGGCCUGCUUCCCACGACGUUUCCAUAGAGACCGUGUGGUUUUGUUCGCCUGUCCCCC